AUGGCAUGCGAAGGAGACGCAGGGGGCGCAGCGCAGAGCACCACAGCGCAGGGCACGAACACAACACAGGGCACGCAGGGAAUACACGCGGCGCAGGGCACCACGGCGCAGGGCAUGGACGCAACGCAGGACACCACCACAGUGCAAAGCACCACCACGGCGCAGGGCACGCACGCAACGCAGGGCACGCACGCAACGCGGGGCACGCACACAACGCAGGGCACAAACGGCGCAGGGCACGCACGCAGCGCAGGGCGCGCACGCAGCGCAGGGCACAACGGCGCAGGGCACGCACGCAGCGCAGGUCCACGAGGAUGCGUUUUAUGGGGCCCCGACCCCGGAACCCGGCGCAAAUGGACGUCCGAGCGGUUCCGGGAGCCGCCAAUUUUGCGACCCACUGCCGCGUUUGCCAGCAAUAUGCAGGAGGAGAGAGACUUGGCACAGGCCGUGCUAAACGCCGACACCGAGGAGGGGUAUAGACAAGGAGCAGUGGUUAGGCUAUAUUAUGGAUUUGCAGGCGGCGCAUUCAUCCCAAUUGGCGGGUGGAGUGUAUGGCCGUGGUAUUAUAAAGCAGCCCGGGACCACGGCGCAUCGCCGCGCAAUGUUUCGGCUCUCCAGCACCGAUUGGCAACAGUUUUGGGGUUUGUAUCCGCCGCGGAGCCCAGCCCGUUGGGGAAGCGCAAGAGAUCACCGUGGGAGGACGAAGCCGAGGAGGGCCGAGUGGUCCGACGUUACCGGUUAAAUAUCGCAGAUAUGCGCACGACGUUGCAGCACAUGACCGGGCAGGAGGAUAUCCAGUUCCGGGCGUCCAAGCACCGGCGUUGCGCGCCAUUCAGGACGGCAAGAGCCCGGUGGUCGCCAUUAUGCGCACCGGAGGGGAAAAAGCAUGUUGUUUAUGUUACCUGUAUUCGCCGAGCCCAGUGGUACUACCAUUGUGGUCGUGCCAUUAAUAUCAUUGCGGAACGAUAUGGUGCGGCGCUGUCGCGAGUUGGUCGACGGCCACCGGACGAAGCGACAAUUGUACUGGUCACAUCGGAAUCCGCGGUGCAGGAGGAUUUUCAAAUGUUUAUUAACCGGUUGCAGCAAACACGCCGGUUAGACCGGAUCGUGAUCGACGAAUGCCAUGUGAUAUUAAACGACCAAACGGAUUUCCGACCCGAGUUGCGACAGCUGGGGCGGUUGAACCACGCGCGAACCCAGAUAGUGUUAUUAACUGCCACGUUGCCGCCGCGGUUGGAGGCGAAGUUAUUCCGGCGCAUGGAGUAUUCCCGCGAGCAAGUCCAUAUAUUUCGGGACCGGACAAGCCGUCCCAACGUGGCGUAUCGCGUGUGGCGGCCCGAGCUGGGUCGGUGUUCCAUGCAGUGGUUUACCAGCGAGCCGGUGCUCGCGUUUAUCCGCGAGCGAAUCCAGCGCGCCAAGGAUGGCAAGGUGGUGGUAUACGGCCAUGUGGUCCGUCAGGUAGUGGAGAUUGCACGCGAGUUAGCGUGCGAGGCGUACUACAGCAAGCAGGUUGACAAGCCAUCUAUAUUACAGCGAUUUACCCGGGGCGAGGCGCGAGUAAUUACCGCUACCAGUGUAUUGGGCAUGGGUAUGGAUAUCCCCGACAUUCGCAGUAUUAUCCACAUUGGAACACCGCGGUCGUUGUUGGAGUACGGGCAGGAAAGUGGGCGAGCCGGACGGGAUAGCCAGCGCAGCGAGGCGAUUAUUAUCCAGCCCGAGGGCUGGGACGAGCCCAUGCCGGAGACGCCAGAGGCCGUGGCGGAUCGCGAGUUAGUGGACGAGUAUCUUGGGGUGGCGCCCGGGGUGGGAUGUCGACGGUUUGUAUUAGACGCGUACAUAGACAAAACAGUAUGUAAGGGGCUAGAGCCCCUCAGCCUACUCGGGCCCUCAGCCCUCGUGUUUCCUUUCUCCUCGCCUGCCACAUGA